AUGGAAGCUGAUCCAGAUGAACUAUUAGCAUGGCUUAAGGGAGAUGGAGGUGGCGAACGUGAUCUACAAAUAUCUGCACUUGAGCAACUUUGUAUGCUUGUAUUAAUGUGCGAUAAUAUUGAUCGAUGUUUCGAACAGUAUCAACCUCGACUUUUCCUUCCUGCUCUUUGUGAUAUAUUCAGUGAUCCAUUAGCUCCCACUCGUGUACUUGAAGUUACAGCACGUGCAUUAACAUAUUUUCUUGAUGUAUCUGUUGAUUGUGCAAAAAAAAUUACACAACAUUCAACAGCUAUACGUUCAAUGUGUGCUUGUUUACAAGUUGUUGAUAUUGAAGAUCGUACAAAUAAAGAUUUAGCUGAACAAAUUAUCAAAGUUUUUGAACGUUUAUGUUCACGAGAAGCAUCAAGUAUAUAUGAACAAGAUGGUUUACGUUGUGUACUUGAUUUUAUUAAUAAUUGGUAUUCAGUUAUACAUAAAGAUUCAUUACAAUCAGCAUUAAAUGUUGUGGUUAAAUUAAUUGGUAAAAUUGAUCCACAAAAUUCUCCAACACUUGAUCAAACAAUAAAAUCAUUAUCAAAUUUACUUUUACAUGAUGAUACAUUUGUAUCUGAUAAUGCAUUAAGAUGUUUUGCAACAUUAGCUGAUAGAUUUGCAAGAAAAAAUGUGGAUCCUGAACCAUUAAUGCGUUAUUGUUUAAAAGAUGUUUUACUUCGUUCAUUACAUUAUGUAUCAAAAGCAAAUGGUAAUACAUUAACACCAGUUUCAUCUUCAUCAACAACAGAUACAGCAGGAACACAUAAUCUAUCAUUAAACACACGAGGUGUUACAACGAAUUUAUCAGUUGUAACUGGUCUAUUAUCGACUCUUUGUCGUGGAAGUGCAAAAGUAACACAUGAUCUUCUACGUACUGAUCUACCUGAUGCACUUGAAUCAGCAUUAUGUGGUGGUGAUGAACGAUGUGUACUUGAUACAAUGAGAUUUCUUGAUCUACUACUAGUUUUACUUUUUGAAGGACGUCAAGCUCUUCCACGUCCAGUUGGUACAGUACGUGCAUCAAUUACACCAAAUAUUACAACAACUACAACAAAUCCUUCAAUAUCAAUUAUAACUACAUCUACUGAUCCAACACGACGUCCAUCAUUAACUACAUCAAUACCAACAACAGCAAAUACUUGUAUAAUACCAUCUGAUCGUUCUCAACAACAAAUUAUUGAAUAUAUUCGUUCACGUGAUGUACAAGGUUUUAUUAAUCAUAUUGAACAAAGUAAUAUUGAUGUUAAUUAUACUGAUAAUGUUGGUCAAACAAUGCUUAAUUGGGUUGCUGCAUUUGGUACACGUGAAAUGAUUGAAUAUUUAUGUCGACGUGGUGCUGAUGUUAAUCGUGGUCAACGUUCAUCAUCAUUACAUUAUGCUGCAUGUUUUGGACGUCCAUCAAUUGUUCGUCUAUUAUUAAAAUAUGGUGGUAAUGUUGAUUUACGUGAUGAAGAUGGUCGAACAGCUUUAGAUAAAGCACGUGAACGACAAGAUGAAGGUCAUCAAGAAGUUGUUGAAAUUCUUCAAUCAGCUCAUGAAUGGACAGAUGUACGACGACAAGAUUCAACAGGACAAAUCAAUUCAAAUUUAUCUACAAAAAAUCUUGAUCAAACAAUAACAAAUGAAAUCAAAGGUGAUAUUGAAAUGCAACCAAUUUAUUUACAACGUUUAUUAUCAAUAUUUUGUCAAUUAUAUCAAAAUACAAUGAUAUUAACAAUAAAACGUAGUACAUUACGUUUAAUAUCAAAAUUAUUACAUUAUGCAACAGUUGAACAGAUACGUGAAUAUUUAAUGAAAGAAGAAAUCAAUAUUUUAACAAUAUUAUUUGAAUUAUUAAAUUCAAUAUUAGAUACAAAUGAAGAUGAUGAUGAUACAUCAAAUCUUGUUUUAUUAAUUAUUAAAAAUUUAUUUGAAAAAGAUCAACAUUUAUUUCUUGAACAAUUUCAAUAUUUAGGUUUAAUAUGGAAAAUAACAUCAUUAGCAUUAUCACAUCCAAUAACACCAUCAACAUCAACAAUAAUUAAUUCAGAACAACAACAACAGCAAUCGUCAUUAUCAAUCAAUAUUCUUUCGAUUGAUGCAAAAGAAAUUCUUUGUCAUCGACCCUAUGUUUGGAAUGAAUUUAAUUUAUUAAGAAAUCGAGAAUGUUUAUAUAUAUGGAAUGGUUUAAUUGCUAUUGAAUUAUCAAUGGGUUCAAAUGGAUGGUUUAGAUUUUUUGCUGAUAAUUCUUUAUCAACUAUGUAUUCAUCAGGAAGUCCAGAAACAAAUGUAGAUACCAGUGAAAAUCGUCAUGAUUUUAUUGAUAAACUUCAACGAUUAAAACAACAAGUACUUGAUGGUAUAGGACAAGAAAAAAAUGAAGAAGAUAUUAAAUCAACUGAUGGACAACAACAACAGAUUAUGAUUGCACGAACGAUAUUUACAUCAGAUAUAAAUAAUGAAAGAACAAUAACUGUUGGAAAUUGGACAUUUGAAUGUAAUGGACCCACACAACUUCGAAUUCAUAAUGUCGAAGGAGAACAAGUAACAAUUCUUGAACAUGGUCAACCAGGUUUUAUUUUCGAAUCUAAUCGUGGUACUCGUCAUACGUAUCAUGCUCAAAUACCAUUAGCAAAUGAAUUCACUAUACCAUGGUCAACAAUUGAAACAUUAAAUUCAUCAUCAUCAUUAUCGAAUCCUAUUGAUCCAUCAUCAAAUAUUUCAUUAAUUAAAACAGCAUCAGCUCCUGUUGGUAAAACAAAACAAGAACAAAUUAAACAUCGUACAACAGAAUUAGCAUUAUUUAUUUAUAAUGAAUAUUUAAAAAAUGUUACACCAACAAAUUAUACACGUUCAAUAUUAAAUGAACUUAAAUCAAUUGUUGAUGAUUUAAAUAACGAUUUAAAUUUGAAAUCAUUUGAAAAAUUAAAAAAUUUUCUACUUGAAAAAGCAAGUUUAUCAUUAUAUGAAUUAUCAUCAUCAGGUCUUGUCGGUAGUUUAUUAAAGAUUUUUCAUGGUUUACUUAAUCAAACAUCGAAUGAAAUCAAUCUUGCGAAUGAACGAGCAAAAUUAUUUUGUUCAGUUUUUCUAUCUGAUGAUCAACUACAAGCAUUUCAUAUACUUAUACGGAAAUUAAUAUCAAUUUUAGAAUCUAUUGAAAAAUUACCAUUAUUUUUAUAUGAUACACCAUCAAAUUAUGGUUUACAAAUAUUUUCAAAACGUUUUCGUUUACAACUUCAAUAUCAAAAUCAACAACAAUUAUUUACUGAUCGAACUGGGAAAUCAUUAAAAAUUGAACCAUUAACAACAGUUGGACAAUUAAAAACAUUUCUUGCAUCAAUGGUUUCAAAACAAUGGUAUGAUCAUCCUCAUGGACAUUUAGAAUUUGUUAAACGUUUAAAAUCUGAUAAUCGACAACCAUUUAUUUAUACAAACGAUUUUGAUCAAAAUGGAAUUUUAUAUUGGAUUGGUACAAAUGCUGGAACAAUAUCUGAUUAUACAAAUCCAAAUUUAGCUGGACUUGUUUCAGUUACAUGUUCCGAUAAUAAUUGUACAUCACAACAAUUAUCAGAAAUACUCUCACGUACGCCACGUUCAGAUGAUGAUGAUGAAAAUAAUCCUGAUGCAAAUCAUGGUUUCAAUUGGGUUAUAAUUGAUUUAGGUUUAUUUAUUAUUCCAACACAUUUCACAAUACGACAUAGUACAGGUGGUUUUCCACAUUGGACAAAAACAUUUUUAUUUCAAUUAUCAAAAGAUGGAAUACAUUUUAUAUCAUGUGAUAUUGUAUUAAUUAAUGAUACAAAUUCAUCAACAGCAACAUGGAAUAUUAAAUCAACUUUAAAUGAAAAUUCAACAGGUUUUAGAUAUAUACGUAUUCAUCAAAAAUGUGGUCGACAUCCUAUUUCUAUUGCUGGUUUUGAAAUUUAUGGACAAGUUAUUUCAGCAAUUGAUAUUCGUUCUAAAUCUGAAUUAAAUCGUUGUCGAUCAAUUCGUGAUGAUAAUCGAAAUCAUUCAACAACAUCUCGACAAAAUCCUCCUUUUCAUCACUCAACAUCAACUACAACUCAUAGUCGUACAAAUAAAAUGCAAUCACAUAUUCUAAGACGUUUAGCAAGUAUGCGUACAACUGGUGCAGCAGCAACACCAUCAUCAACUGGAAAUACGAAUACAUUAAAUAAUAAUGGUACGACUUUAUCAACAAUUGAUCGAAUUUUAUUUGAUCAAAUGAUUGAUCUUUCAUCAAUUCCGAUUGAUUUAUCAACAGCUCUUGAAUUAGAUGAUCCAGAACGAUUACGUAUAGUUAUUCAAGAGACUCUUUCACGUUUAACUGGUGAUACAACAUUAAAUGAUAAUACUAAUUUAUUAAAUUUAAUUUCACAACGUAAAAGUGUUUCGACACCAAAUAUAAGUAAUGGUGAACCAAUAUUUUCUGUUUCAUCAACUGAACAAGCAUCAAGUGCUGAAAGUCUUGUUUCAUCAUCUCGAACUACAGAUCAUACGAUUGAUCUUAUGCAAGGUUUUCGUGAUCGAAUAGCACGACAAUAUGAUGCACUUAUUGCUCAAACACAACUUGAGCCAACUAUUGAAGAACCAAGUGCAUCACUUUGGCUUUCAUCUUCAACAGAAGAUUUUCUAACACCAAUUCAUACAGAUACAUCUAAUACUGGUAAUUGGCUUGAAUUAGGAGAAUAUAAUGAAGAAACUCUUCUUGGAGUAAAAGAUGAAACAAAAGAUAAACAUGAAAAUGUCUUACCUAAUCCAACAAAUGAGAAUACUAAUAGUGGUGGUGGAACACGACUCUUUCCCUCUGCACAAACAACACCAAUUACAACAACAACUCAUUCACGACAAUCGAUUAGUAGUACUACAGAAUCAGUUGAAUCAAUGUAUGCUGUCACUGAAGAAAACAAUAAAAAGAAUGCUACUGCUGACUCUACUGAACAACGUAUCAUAUUAUUGGAAAAUGAUAUGAAUGCAAGUGUACCAAAUCUUUCUACAACAACUUCAGAUAAUGUUUCAUUAUCAAAUCUAUUAACAACUGCUCAAAGUUCUCCAAAUUUAACAACACCAUCAACAAUAAAUGUUGCUUGUGUAACGAUAAUUGAUGAUGAAUCAAUGCCAAUUGAUGAAUCACGUAGUUUAUCAGAAAUACCAUUAUCUGAUCAACAACAAAAACAAACGGAUGAAACAAGUGAUGAUGAAGAUAUGGAUGAUGAAGAACAAUGUCAAUUAAAACGUAUUAAACCAAAUAAUCAACAACUUCAACCAGCGACUGAUCAUACAGAAGAAGAUGAAGAUGAAGAUGAAGAAGCAGAUGAAGAAGAACCUGAACAAGAUGAAAAUUCUCCUAUGUUUCCUGAACAGGAUGAAGAAGAUUAUGAUGAACAAAUGCAUGAAGAACAACAAUCAGUUACACGUCGAAAUUGGGAUGAUGAUUUUGUAUUAAAAAGACAAUUUUCAGUUUUACUUCCGGCAUUUGAUGGACGACCAGGCCGAACAAAUGUUAAUGCAACACAAGAUAUUCCAGUACCAACAACAAUGACACCAAAAGAAGCUACUUUACCUAAUCAAAUUUCAACUGCAGAUACAUUAGCUGCUACUAAUAUGACAUUAUAUAUUCGUGGUCCAUCACCACAAAUCUCCGGAUUAAAAGAAAUUGAUAUUGAAAUGGAUGAUAAUGAUGCAACAAUUUUUAAAUAUAUUCAACAAUUAAUUAAACCAUUUCCAUCAUCACAAAAAUCUGAACGUAUUAAACGAAUUUUUGAAUCAACAUAUACUAUUGUUUAUACUGAAAAAUCAAAUGAACAGUCAAAUACAAUUCAAUCAUCAACAUCAUAUCCAAUUGAUCUUGAUACAAUAAAUGAAAAUAUUUCUCAAUCCUAUUCUUCUAUUGAUCCAAAAGAUAUCUGUACAAUUGAAGAUAUACUUCAAUUACUUCGUCAAUUAUAUUAUUUAAUAAAUACCUAUAUACAAAUAAAUCCUCAUCCAUAUCAUUCUGAUGAUAUAAUUUCAUUUGAAAAUUAUUUUUAUUCAAAAAAAUUAAAUAAUAAAUUAUUACAACAAAUACAAGAUUCAAUUAUAAUUGCAUCAUCAAGUUUACCCACAUGGACAGAAUGGUUAACACAUUCAUAUAAAUUUUUAUAUCCAUGUGAAACACGUCAAUUAUAUUUUCGUACAACAAGUUUUGGUACAUCACGUUCAAUUGUAUGGUUACAAGAACGUCGUGAUGAAUUAAUACGUACAGCACGUACUGGCGGGUUAUUACGUCCAUUAGGUGGUUCAACAACAACAUCAACAACAACAUUUUCAUCAUUUCGUGUUACAUCGAAUCCAAAUGAAAAUUCUUCAUCAACAUCAAAUAUGUUUGUACCAGAAUUUCGUUUAGGUCGUUUAAAAAUUGAUCGUGCAACACCGAUUGAUCGUGAAUAUGUAUUACGUGAUGCAAUGAAUUUAUUUCAUUAUCAUGCGAAAUCAAAAGCAAAAUUAGAAAUACAAUUUUUAAAUGAAGAAGGUACGGGUGAUGGACCAACAUUAGAAUUUUAUGCAUUAAUUGCUAAUGAAUUACAACAUUAUUCUCUUGGUUUAUGGUGGAAUCAUGAUGAUUAUGAACAUCAACAAAUAGUUUAUGUUAGAAAAUUAGAAGGUCUUUUUCCUAUUCCAUAUGAUCAAACAUAUGAUAAAUUAGAGAUAAUUUGUAAUUAUUUUUCAUUAAUGGGAAUUUAUUUUGCUAAAUGUUUAUUGGAUAAAUAUUUAAUUGAUAUGCCAUUAUCAAUAUCAUUUCUUAAACUUUUAUGUAUGAAAUCAAAAUAUAAUAUGAAUUCAGAUAUAUGGUAUGAUGGUAUAUUAGAUAUUAAUGAUCUUAUUGAUAUUGAACCAUCACGUGGAAAAUUUUUUCAAAAACUUUAUGAAUUAAUUGAAAAGAAGAAUAAAAUAAUGAAUGAUAUUAAUAAAACAAAUGAAGAAAAAAGAGUUUUAUGUUCACAAUUAAAAAUUGAAAAUGAUCAUCAUGAACCAGUCGAUCUUGAACAUUUAUGCUUGACUUUUGUUUUUUCGCCUCCAUCGAAUACUUAUGAUUAUCAAUCAAUUGAAUUAAUACCAAAUGGAUCACAUAUUGAUGUUACUAUCGAUAAUGUUGAUCAAUAUGUAAAAUUAUCUCUUGACUUAAUAUUUCGUGAUGGUAUUCGACGUCAAAUGGAUGCUUUUCGAGAUGGUUUUAAUCAAGUAUUUUCCAUUGAACAUUUAAGAUGUUUUAAUCCACAUGAAUUAAAACUUCUUCUAUGUGGAAAUCAAUGGCCAUCAUGGACACUUGAUGAUUUACUUAAUUAUAUUGAACCAAGUCAUGGUUUUACACGAGAAAGUCCUGGUUUUAUAAAAUUUCUUAAUGUUAUGAUGGAACUUGAUGGUGUUGAAAGAAAAUCUGUUGUUCAAUUUAUUACCGGUUGUUCAUCGUUACCACCUGGAGGUCUUGCUAAUCUUCGACCUCGUUUAGCUGUUGCACGUAAAGUUGAAGCUGAUGAUAAUUCCUAUCCAUCAGUAAAUACAUGUUAUCAUUAUCUCAAAUUACCUGAUUAUUCAAAUGAAGACAUUCUCAAAGUUCGUCUCAUGACUGCAUGUAAAGAACGAGGAUUUUAUUUUAAUUAA